AUUGUCUGCUGGAGUGCUGGCGGCAAUCCCAUCGUCAUCGUGGUCUCUUGAGUCUUGACUGGAGACGUAUGUUAAACCGGACGUGAAUGUCUUUUAUUGGCCCUGUAACAAUUUAUUCAGGUUUCAAGUUUCAACAGAGAAAUAAACAGCGUAAUGGCGACGGUAAAUAUUGGGACGGUCGAUGAAGAAUUUUUGACAUGUUGUGUCUGUAUGAACGAAUACGACGAACUCCUCAAAAUACCGAAAUGUCUCCCUUGUUUGCACACCAUUUGCCUUACGUGCUUGGAGGAAAUACUUCAUCAAGAUCAAUAUCCAAUGUUUAUUCUUAAAUGCCCCUUCUGUCGAAAUGUUUCUCAACAUAAUGGUUUAACUGAGGAUUUAAACAGAGCAGAUUUAAUAAGGAGGUUGCUGCCUAACAAUAUUUACACUCUUCAAAUAAUUAAACUAAACCAACAAAUUGCUUCAUCCACUAAACUAGAAAAAAGUUGGUGCUUCAGUUGUGGAUCAGAAACAAUUGAUAGCUGCAGUAGCCUAAAUCAUCAUACUGGUGAUCUAACUGUUGGCACAAUCAGGAAUUUGGAAAAUUUUGCUAAAGCCAAAAAAGAAGCAGGAAUAAAGAAAGAAAUAGAAAACCUUACAACAGCUAUAGCCAAAGAAAAACAUGCUAGCAAGAAUUUGGAGUUUCUGACUGUAUCGGUGGAGGCUGCUCAGGAAGAAAUUAAACAACUUCAACUGUACCUCAGCUCCAAGUUUAAUGUCAAGGAUUUUUCGACCUUUUCAUUCCAUCCACACACCGUGAUAACUGUAACUAGGUCUGAUGUUGUGCAACGAAUAAAGGACCAAAAUAUUACGCCAGAACAAGAUAAGGUUAUGCUUGUUGGUGAGAACAACAGCUCUUAUGCCGAAUGCGGAGUGGCGAAUACAAAUGUUAUGCAAUCAAACUCUGAAAGCAACAAGAUUGUUGGUGGAGAGGAAACUGCGCCAAACGAAUUCCCUUGGCAAGCGUUGAUCGUAGUCGAGAUAGCUAACAACGAUGAUAAAAUGUGUGGCGGAAGUUUGAUAAACGAUCAUUGGAUUCUCACGGCCGCCCACUGCCUUUUACUCACAUCAGGACAACAGAUGGAGCGAAUCAGCGUCUAUUUAGGAGUCCACAAUUAUGCAGCGACUGAUGAAAUCAAUCGGAAAAUGUACGUUGCGAAUAAUUACGUCGUUCACCCUGACUGGAACGUGAACAAUUUCUCCAACGACAUUGCCCUAAUUAAACUCUCAACUACCGUUACUUUCUCGCAAUACAUCCGUCCAAUCUGCCUUGCAAGUUCGACUGAACCGGAUUACAUCAACGAACCUGCCACCGUCGCCGGAUGGGGUUUCACUUCGGAUGGUUUCGGUGCUAGCCUUAGUCCUGUGCUCCGCAAAGUGACAGUUCCAGUCAUCUCCAAUAGCGUCUGUAGUGAUACCUAUCCCGGCAUGAUUACAGAGAAAAUCAUCUGUACCAGUGGAGCCAAUCGCAGUGGGCCUUGUAAAAGUGACAGUGGAGGGCCAUUAAUUUUCAAAGAAUCCAAUGGCAAAUGGAAGCAAAUUGGAAUCGUUUCAUUCGGCUCAAGCCUAGGCUGUCAGAAGAAUUUUCCUAGUGGCUACACCAGGAUCAGCUCCUAUUCAUCGUGGAUCCAGGGCGUCAUUGUACCCACGGCCCCUACAAAUUCACCUCCAACCGUCACUUCAACUCCCGUUCCCACAACCAGCCCGUAUUCGUCUGGUCCCCACACAUAACGAAAUUAAAACGUUACUUUCCUGUGAUUGCACUGACCCAGUCUACUCAAGUCUAUACAAAUAAUUGUACGGACGUUAAGCGAUC